UAUCUUCUUAACGUCAUUACACAGAUGUCACUAUUGUUGGUUUUGGGCCUUAUGAAUUCCUUGCUUGACGUAGGAUGCGACUUUGUGUCCAUUUCGGUUGCAACCGAUGUGCUACCGAAAGUUCACUUCACAAAUGACGCUCCCGGAGCAGAUGCCAAAUUUGACUGUGAAAUUCAACGCUCAACACUGGAUUCGACUUCGGAUGGAAGUUGCGAAUUAUACAGAUGGUUCUAUGACCCACGUUCCAAAGAGCUGACAUGCGUGUGCACAAUACAGGAUGUGGCGAACAUUAGUGCAACGUUGUUACAAGGGAACAAUACAUCAAGAAUGAUUCCUGCAAUUCCUAAAGAAAAUUUCGUCGAAUGCAAAUCACACGUGUUGCGAGCAUUCUCUGGCGACACCACCAAGAUUACUGGAUCCAUUUGGGGUCCAUUAAACAAGACCAUUAUCUUUGGGCAUGAGUCCGGAGCACUUACCGUUCUCGAUACUCGUUUGAAUCAGAUAACCAACCAGAUCAAACCACAUAAAGGACCGAUCACCGAUAUCCAGAUGCAUCUACACAUUCCAAUGUUCAUCACGGCAUCCAAAGAUCACACGGCUAAAUUGUUCAGUGCCUACGAUUUGAGCUCAAUUCGCACCUACACAACCGAGCGUCCGAUAAACUCUGCGGCCAUUUCACCCACAAGGGACCAUGUGUUACUGGGAGGCGGCCAAGAGGCGCACGAAGUCACCACAACGGCGGUCGGUCAGGGAAAGUUCGAUGCUCGUUUACAUCAUCUGAUUUAUCAGGACGAAUUUGGGCGAGUCAAGGGCCACUUCGGUCCGAUCAACAGCGUGUCUUUCAACUCCGACGGAAGUGGGUUUGCCACUGGAGGCGAGGAAGGCUACGUCCGAUUGCACACGUUUGACCCGGACUAUGCUGAUCUUGACUGAAUUAUCCUUCUUUGUGACCGUUUUUCUCAACGGAUUUGUGAAUAAAAACAACUUCAUUAAAAGCAA